AACGCGUCCACGACUCGCGCUGCGUGCGGAUCUCCAGCACUAAACCAGAAGGAAUAUUUGCGCAAAUGACUCCGAACUCCCUUCUCUACAGCAAACACGCGAAGGCGAAUGCCGAGAAGAGAGGAGACCUCAGAAGACAGAGAGGAGAAAUCAGAGCUGUGAAUUAGGCCAGCAUAGCAGGGAUAUAAAUCAACCAACACUGUUGAGGAAGUGCCACUUUUUCCGUCAUCAACGCAUGCAAGCUGUUGGGGAUUUUGAUGUAGGGUACAGCCCCCUGGGUGCUCUGAGCACAGGUCGAACUCUAAAGGGAUUAUGCCCACUGUCCCACAAUGCUGCUACCCUCAGGUUGGCUGCUUCGGCACUCUGUGGUCAUGUGGUUGCUGUUUCACAGCUUAGUGCUGAUGACACUGUGUUUCCACCAUGCUGCGACUUCCUGCUCCAAGCGUUGCUACUGUUCAGACAGUGAGGGCGCAUUUGGUGGUAAGACUAUGCGCUGCAGCAACCUGCAUCUUACUGAGAUCCCUCAGGAUAUUCCCAAUGAUACACGACGCCUCUACCUGGACUACAACCUCUUGACCAGCAUCCCUGCCAAUGCUUUUCAUGAUCUUCCACUGCUAGCUGAACUGGAUCUUUCCCAUAAUGAACUGGCUUUGCUUGAACCUGGAGCCUUUAGAGGUUUGGCAGCCUCUCUACAGUUUCUGGAUCUCUCGUCCAACCAGCUCACAACAUUGGACCCUGAUGCCUUUGAAGGUGUUACAGCAAGAUCCAACCUCACUGGAAACCCCUGGCACUGUGACUGCAGGCUGCAGACAGCCUUUCCACACCUGGACCUAGAGCCUGUAUCUUUGACUGGAAUUAUCUGUCAGACAUCUGAACCCUCAGACUCUGGAGCCCAAGGUGUGCCUUUCCUGCUGGCCAAAGACCUGGACCUGUGUGUGGUGCUCAAAAAGACCACGGACGUGGCCAUGUUGGUGACCAUGUUUGGAUGGUUCACCAUGGUCAUCUCCUACCUGGUCUACUAUGUGAGACACAAUCAGGAAGAUGCCAGGCGCCACCUAGAGUAUCUCAAGUCUCUGCCCAGCAGGCAGGGCAAGUCUGAGGAGUCUUCCACCAUCAGCACUGUGGUAUAGUGCCAGGCCAAGAGCUCAUGACAUGUGGAGGAAGCUUCUCAGGCUGCCAAAAAGCAAUGGGCACACUGGGCAAUGGGCUACUGGACUUAUAAAUCAUUGGAAAAACAAAGAAUAAUUGCUUUGUAUCCUUGAAUCCAAGACCAUUCACUUGAUAGAUCAGUCCCCUUCCAAAGGACAAGGAAGAACUUCUGACAUAGAAUGCUUUGUGGUCAGUGGAGUGCAAUGUCUACAACAGGGAAAUGUGAAACAUAUCAUGUUAAAACCAGCCACAGACAUGCGCAUGGACAGAGAUGACUGGAGAUAAGAGGAGGGAAAUCACAGGGGCCAUCUAAUCCAAUUCAGAUGAAUAAUUGAUUCCGAAAUGUCUGAGCUUGAGGCUCCUCUUGACUAAGAGGUUUGUCUGCUCUGUGUGCUUUUAAAGGAGGCGUUGUCUGUUUUUUUUUUUGUUUUUUUCAUCCAGUGGUUCUUUUUUCAGUCAGAUCCCCAUUUAGCAGGCAACACAUGGAGCGUAAAGCACUCAUCCUACUGGGUAUUUACAAAACGUACUGUUGUUGUCCCUGCAGGCAACAUCAAAAUUUUACAGAGCAACACAUUCUUGCAUGCAUCAAUGAUUUUCAGGUGUCUCACUAAACAUAGUAUACUGUGCAAAUGUAAAAAGCACUGUAGUUUGCUUUGAUACUCAUUGGUUAGGUUUUUAGGGGAGCAAAGAAAAUGGCUUGUUAUUUUCUUCAUGAAUCCUUCAGCGUUAAUAAUGCUGUGACUUAAAAGAAAUAAACCGGCUAGCUUGUUAUUUUUGUGAUCAGUCACUGUAAGAUAAAUCACUGUAGUUGUUUCUAGGGAAAACACCCUGAGACACUUUAAGAAAAUGAUUUAAAAUGUUUCUGAACUUUUAUGUUUAAAGAUAAUGAGGUGAUGUUGACCACCACAUAGUGUGUUUGCACUGUUAGAGCGCAUCCUUGGUAUGUCACAUCCAAUACUGUGUGAUUUUUCAGUUUCAAUGUGGAGUGCCAGCAAGAAUAAUUCAGAAUGUCUGCCAAGGUAAAUCAUACGUUGAAAUCCACCUGAAUGUUCUGUCUGUGUGAGUCACUAUCUUCAAAGCUUUACAAGUCAUGUCUGUAAAUUUAGAAAAUAGCAUUUUGUUAAUCCUUUACAAAAGGCAGUGAAGGAUGUCAUGGAAUUCAUCAGAAAAAAGUGGACUUAAAAACCUAAUGAGUUGCCUACCAAGACAUUUUAAUGUACCAUACAUAAUACAUUUUUUGGUGGUCAUGCAUAUGUUAGAUCUUCUGUUUCUGUGUAAGCAACAGAAAAGUUAUGCAUUAUGGUUUGCUUGAAAGUGCUAUGUGUACUAGAGUGCCAACAUGGCAUUGUUUUUUUUAUGUCUCAAUGAUAGCAGGGUGUUUUAAAUCCAUUGAUCCUUACAUUGUUCAUGAAUUAUAUAAAUGUCAUGCCGAAAAUGAAGGGUAAACUCAGAGAGGAAAACCUUAUUUUCAUCUAUAAUACUCAUUUAUUUUUAUUUUAAAUAUGGAUUGUGCACCUUUUGUCUUUUCAUUGCCUGGUUUACCAAACAAAUAAAUACAUAAAUUACAGUUUUUCCUGAAUUGCUAAAACACUAAACCCCAACCUCUGAACCAAAUUCUCACUAGCUUAAACCAAUUUGUCAAAUAAAGCACCCCCAAAAAUCUGUCAGACCAGAGGGGUUUUUCUCUGUCUAGCAAAAAAGACUACAUUACUUGUGAUGUGGACAAAUCCUCAUGCACAAAGACAUGAUGCUGAGACAGAAUUAAUCUCUCACUGAGAGAUUUUACAAUUGAACAAAUUACAAUG